AUGUCGAACGAUGAAAAUAUUUCGCAGGAAAGGCUACAAGGCAUCAGGUCUACGAUCCACCAAUUCUUGUCACGUGCUAAUGUGUACUCAUCUAUUCGAGAUAUAGUAGACUCAUAUGUGGCAGAAUCAGAGGGAAAAGAGAUUAACCCCAAUGAUGCUGGCGAGUUGAUGCAGGUCAUGAAAGAAAAAGGUGUCUUACAGCAGCUAUUAAAACAGCUACAGGGCGAAAUAUCACAGAAAAGUCAACCAAAAGCAGUAGAGUCAUUACAGAAUAUUGCUCCUUAUGAGUACUUUCUCCAUGUUCGUCUGAACGGAGGGAAAGCCUUUUUAGACAAUUUGAACGUACCACGUGUGUCAUUGGAAAAGUACUUCAUGUUUGUAGGGUUGCAGUUCGGUCAUCAGCGAUUUUGCUCUUUGCCGAAGGAAUGCAGCAGUGAUCCUAACUUCCGUGAUGAUUUUCUUCUUGUUCUUGAUGCAUCGCUUUUGGGGUUUCCUCCGGGAGAUUUAAUAGAGAUUGCUACACCGUUUCAUAUUGCUGUGUUUCGUGAGGACACUUCACUGGGUGUUGCCGAGCUCAUUGGAGAGAAUAUCAUUGACUGGAGAAAGGUUUUAAAGACUGGAUAUCUUAGCUUAACGAUUGAGCUGUGUGGCCGUAACUCAGGUAUACCUGCUGGUAUUCUACAAAUAGAGCUUGAAUUGAUUUCACAAAAAAAGGUUCGAUAUAGUGAAAAUGAUAUAAGCACAAGACUCGAGCGACAGCGAGAAGCUAUUACUGCAGCAGAUCGUGAGUUUCUUGUUUAUGCGCGUCGAUGGUGGUCUGAAUACACUCAAAAUAAAGAAAUGAAAAGGCGAAAAGUUAGGCUGUUCGCCAACACAGUGAGUGGUCGAAUGGUACCCUUAACACAAUUUGUAACACCAAUUCAGGCGGUAUAUGGCCUUACUUCCCCUUUUAGCGCACUUCGUUUUGUUUCGCUAUUGAAAGUCCUUCGUGAGGGUGAGGAGUCUUCUUUUUUUCCAAAAGAGGCUCAUGACUCAGAGUCAUGGCUUUCACCCUUCGUUUUUCUUUCUCAAAAGCAGGGAGAUCCUUGUAAUCACUCAGGUUUGCUAUGCUCUCUCCUUCUGGGAUUUGGGAUGGACGCUUACUGCGCAAUUGGAUCUGGGCUUCAAAAUCAAACUUCUACAUUUGUGCUCUCAAGAUCUAAAACUCCAAGUGGUGCUUUUGAUGUGACAAUUUGGCAACCAGUCACAGGAGAACGAGGUAGUGUUUAUAGUAACCAUCCCUUUUUAACUAUCGAUUGUGUUUUCAAUCACAGGUGUUUCUUUGGUAACUGUCAACCCUCUAAUAGCAUACAAAGCGCCUUUUUUGAUUUUGAUAAUGAAGAAUACUGGAAGCCGAUUAAUCCGUUAAAGCUUAGACUUGUGCCCAAGUUUCCUAGUCCCCCUCUCCUUUAUAUACCGACGGAAUGCCAUGAGCUUGAGAAAACACUUGAAAAGAAGCUACGUUCUCUUUUGAGACGUGAUCGAGAUUCUAUUGGACAGACUACGUAUUUUAAUGACAAUUUAUCAUAUUCACUCGCACAGGCCCUUGACAACUAUGAAAACCAAUCUGUCAUGCGAAAAGAGCAGGACUUUUCGAUAUUUGAGCAAUGUGUCAAAGGGAUACUAGGACCAGGUAAGACAUUUAAAGCAUUGCCCCUAAAUCUCUCUAAUGGGUGCGAUACUCGAAUAAUGAGUCUGUUUAAGGCAAGCAGCGUUGGGAAGGAAAUUAUAGAGACCGUUGCUGAAGACGCCAAGUUCGCACUUCGUGUGAGAGUUUUUCCGUAUCCGGAGGGUAUCAAAUCAGUUUGGGCAAUGGUUGCGGUGGAAUAUAGGUUGCCAGUAUAGUUAAAUAGAGAUAUAGAUACCAUUUUAGAUUAACAGAGAAA